AUGAUGCUGGGCUGGUUCCUGCUUGAAUAUGGCUGGUCUUUCAUUCCAAUUUUUAUUGACUUUGUCUUCCCCUCUUCUUUCCAGAUUGAUGACAUCGUUGAUGGGGCUGUGAAGCCUCCCCCCAACAAAUACCCCAUAUUCUUUUUCGGAACCCACGAGACGGCGUUUUUGGGCCCCAAGGACCUCUUCCCUUAUGAGAAGUACAAGGACAAAUACGGGAAGUCCAACAAACGGAAAGGUUUCAAUGAAGGGUUGUGGGAAAUCCAGAACAACCCUCACGCCAGCUACAGCGCCCCUCCGGACUUCACUCCAGAGAAAAAGACGCCUGCCAGGGCUCCGCGAAGGGCACCUGCUGGAGGGUGGAAGAAAAAGAAAAUCGAAUCGGCCUCCGACUCGGAGAGCAAGGCAGAGUCCGAGGAGGAAGAGGAGGAGGACAAUGACCGAGCGGGCAGCCGGCCGCUCACUCCCAAGUCCGAUUCUGACUCCAACUCAGAUGAAUCCGUCAAGAAGCCCCCCCGUGGCAGGAAGCCAGCUGCCGAGAAGCCUCCCCCCAAACCCCGGGGCCGGAAACCUAAACUUGAGAGACUUCCCAGCAGCUCCAGCAGCGACAGUGACAGCGACGUGGACCGCAUCAGCGAGUGGAAACGGCGGGACGAGGAGCGCCGGCGAGAACUGGAGGAGAAGCGGAAGCGCGAGCAGGAGCAGGAGCUGCGCCGGUUGCGGGAACAGGAGCGGGAGGAGAAGGAGCGGAAGCGGGAGAAAGCCGAGAAGGGGGCGGAGGCCGAGGCUGCGGAGAGCGACAGCAGCGUGGACAGCGAAGCCCCCAGGAGGGGCAAGAAGGGGCAGCCCAAGGCAGCCCCCUCUUCCUCAGACUCAGAGGCGGAGAAAGAGGUGAAAAAGAAAAAGCAGCCAUCCGUAGACCAUUCAAAGAAAUCCAGCCAAAAGGAGAAGAAAGGCCACGGAGAAGAGAAGACACGGAAUAGGUCUCUGAAAUCUGAACGAGGCAGGAAGAAGUCUGAUCUGCCAGAAAGAAAAGUGGAGAAGAAAAAAGAGCCCACAGUUGAAGAGAAGCUCCAAAAAUUGCACAGCGAGAUCAAGUUUGCCCUCAAAGUGGACAAUCCG